AUCCUUGCCAGAGGUCUUAGGAGGGAUAGGAUAGAAAUCAGGAUGAAGGAAAAAGAGGUUACUAAUUGGGAGAGGGUUAUUAGAAUUUGUUUAUGGCUGGCUAUCUUACUUUACUGGAUUUCUGGACUUGCGUUAAUGUGCAUAGGAGUGUCCAUUCAAGUGAAGUUUCAUGAAACAUUUUUGGUACUGAAUAGAGAUGGGGGUAUUCUUCCUAUGAUCAUAACGGUUAUUGGCACGCUCAUAAUCCUUAUAUCUACCUUUGGGGCUGUUGCUCUGCUAAAAUGCAACCUAAAGAUGAUGAGAUUGUUCACAGGCAUACUGCUGGCACUCUUGAUACAUCGAGACCCCACUGUACCUGAAAUCAUAGCUGGGGCUGUUGUCUGUAUUUACAGAGAGAAGUUCCAAACUUUAUUGAGAGAUGUCUUGAGAACCUUGGACAAAUAUAACAGAGAACUGCAUAUGCCAUAGGGAUUAAUCAGCCUUGGACAAAUAUAACAGAGAACUGCAUACGCCAUAGGGAUUAAUCAUCAGGGAUGUGUCCUAAAAUGGAAGAACUGGGUUGAAGAACACAGGGCUGUGUUUGGAGGGGUUGGGGUUUUUAUUGGACUUGAACAGCUAACUGGGAUUCUGUUUUGCUUUCUGCUGCUGAAAAUAUUAAAAGAAAACCAUGGAAGUAUUGAAUAA